UUCUUAGUGAAAAAGCAAAUGAAACCCAAAAAGCGCUCCAAAGGUAUUCUCCGCCAAUAGAUUCACUUUCACUAGAAUCCCUUGUUCUCUCUCUCUCUCUCUCUCUCUACUAUUUCUCUCUCCUCAUAGCUUUUCAUACCAAAACCCUCUUUAUAACCACCGCUUCCCCCCUUCACUCCUCCACCGCACCGUACCACCACUCUCUCUAGAAUUCUCUCUCUCUUUCUCUUUAUAUUCAUGGAUUCUGCAGCAACUACUUCUUCACGAAGAAAGCCUUGUUUAAUGGACGGAGAUUAUGGCCCCGAUUACGUUGCAGAAAUGGUACCCGGAUCCUCCGUAAACAGCCAUCGCCAGAAUUAUUCUCUGAAUUCGAGCGUCUUUUAUUGUAAUUCUAUGCAGAGGAUGAGGAAAUUAUCGGCAACUCCGAGAUCCGUUCGAGGAAUGUUCUUUAUUGAUGGAUUUGAAGAACAUAACCCUCAUUUUCUAGAUGCGUGUUUUCUAUGUAAGCAACCGCUCAGUAGUAAUAAAGACAUCUUCAUGUAUAGAGGGAACAUUCCAUUCUGCAGCAUAGAGUGCAGACAAGAACAAAUAGAUCUGGAUGAAGCCAAAGAGAAGAAUUUGAAUCUCUCUGUUUCAAUGAGAGCCUUAAGAAAAAAGGAGCAAAGUAAAUCAAGUUCGCCCAAUAAAUCCUCACCGAACUGCCCGUUCCGAACCGGUACACUCGCUGCUGCCUAACCAGGGUACCUCACUUUCAGGUCAAAUGAGCACGGCGACCAUCUUUACUUUUAAGUAAACUUUUAAAUUAGCCAAAUAGCAUAUAGAAGAAGAGGAUGAGAAACUAUGAUUUGAGAUGUUUCUUUUUCUCCGUCGUUGUAGCCUGUUUAGAUUACAAUUUUCUUUUUUGCCUGAUAUACACUACUGAAUAUUUUCAAGGAAAUGGGAUAUGUUUGAUACUUCAGCCCUGAA